AAGAAAAAUGUAAAUAUAAGAAUGAAAGUAAUAGAUCUCUUCCACAAAUGUGCUGGGACAACUCACUGGAUAUUCACAUGAAAAAGAAUAAUGUUGGAUCCCUAUCUCACACAAUCAAAAAUUUUAUUUAAAGAAAUUUAAAAGAGAGAGAGAGAGAGACGAGGAAGGGAGCGCUGCAGGAGGAGGUGUUACUUUGUCGCCCAGGCUAACUUGAAGCCCCAGGUUCAGCGAUCCUUCCGCCGCUCCUCUCUGAGUAGCUGGAACCUCAGGCUUUCGGCCCUGUGCCCGCAUCUCUGCUGGGUUUAAGCAGCAGGUGGUGACCUCACUCCUUCCUGGCCUGAGCACUCGGUCCCGCAUCCUAGGCGGUGGCCCUAGGAAAGUCUCUGAAGCUGAGCAUAGGGUGGACUCUCCCUUCCCAGUGAACGGAGAAUAGAAAGGGAGAGGAUUUCUAUUCUAUUAUUUGGGCCGUCAGCCUGAAAUCGUUACGCUGCACCCAGGCAGGGCUUUGCAUUUCACGUUCUAGUUUGCAUCCCCGUUUCAGACAAUUACAGGGCUUUUGAAUCACGCCUCAGCCUUCCUGGCAGGUCCGGCCUCCAAAGCUCGAAAACCAGAGGCGCUGGGAGCUAGGUUGAGAGGCGCACAGGUCCCGCCCGGGCCCCGCCCUCUGCUAAUUCUGAAGGGCAAGGUCUCUCCGCCUCGCGCCCCGCCCCUACCUCGCCCAGGCCCGCCCACCUCCUCGUGGGUCCCGCCCAGGCCUGGCUUCUGUCCUGCGUGCGCAGAUUUACGCAAACCCGGAAGCGGAUCGCGUGGAGUGACGGUCCCACCGCAGCGGAUUGGCUUCUAAAGACUCUUGGUACAUGAGGAAGAAACCCGGAAGAGGAAGAGGAAAGCAAAGGAGUCAGGGAUGGCUCUUCCUCAGGGUCUACUGACAUUCAGGGAUGUGGCCAUAGAAUUCUCCCAGGAGGAGUGGAAAUGCCUGGACCCUGCUCAGAGGACUCUAUACAGGGACGUGAUGCUGGAGAAUUAUAGGAACCUGGUCUCCCUGGAUAUCUCUUCCAAAUGCAUGAUGAAGGAGUUCUCAUCAACAGCACAAGGCAAUACAGAGGUGAUCCACAGAGGGACAAUACAAAGACAUGAACGUCAUCACAUUGGAGAUUUUUGCUUCCAGGAAAUGGAGAAAGAUAUUCAUGAUUUUGAGUUUCAGUGGAAAGAAGAUGAAAGAAAUAGCCAUGAAGCACCCAUGACAAAAAUCAAAGAGUUAACGAGUAGUACAAACCGACAGGAUCAAACGCAUGCUGGAAACAAACCUAUUAAAGAUCAGCUUGGAUUAAGCUUUCAUUCGCAUCUGCCUGAAGUGCAUAUAUUUCAGCCUGAAGGGAAGAUUGGUAAUCAAGUUGAGAAGUCUAUCAACGAUGAUUCCUCGGUUUCAACAUCCCAAAGAAUUGAGAAGUCUAUCAACGAUGCUUCCUCAUUUUCGACAGCCCAAAGAAUUUCUUGUAGGCCCAAAACCCAUAUAUCUAAUAACUGUGGGAAUAACUUCCUGAAUUCUUCAUUACUCACACAAAAGCAGGAAGUACACAUGAGAGAAAAAUCUUUCCCAUGUAAUGAGAGUGGCAAAGCCUUUAAUUAUAGCUCACUCUUAAGGAAGCAUCAGAUAAUCCCUUUAGGAGCGAAACAGUAUAAAUGUGAUGUGUGUGGCAAGGUCUUUAAUCAAAAGCGAUACCUUGCAUGUCAUCGUAGAUGUCACACUGGCGAGAAACCUUACAAGUGUAAUGAUUGUGGCAAGACCUUCAGUCAGGAAUUAACCCUUACAUGCCAUCGUAGACUUCACACUGGAGAGAAACAUUACAAGUGCAGUGAGUGUGGCAAGACCUUCAGUCGAAAUUCAGCCCUUGUAAUUCAUAAGGCAGUUCAUACUGGAGAGAAAUCUUACAGGUGUAAUGAAUGUGGCAAGACCUUCAGUCAAACGUCAUACCUUGUAUACCAUCGUAGACUUCAUACUGGAGAGAAACCUUACAAAUGUGAAGAAUGUGACAAAGCUUUCAGUUUCAAAUCAAACCUUGAAAGACAUAGGAAAAUUCAUACUGGAGAGAAGCCGUACAAGUGUAAUGAAUGCAGCAGGACCUUUAGUCGGAAGUCAUCCCUUACACGCCAUCGUAGGCUUCAUACUGGAGAGAAACCUUACAAGUGUAAUGAGUGUGGCAAGACCUUCAGUCAGAUGUCAUCCCUUGUAUACCACCGUAGACUUCAUACUGGAGAGAAACCUUACAAAUGUGAAGAAUGUGAUGAAGCUUUCAGUUUCAAAUCAAACCUUGAAAGACAUAAGAGAAUUCAUACUGGAGAGAAACCUUACAAGUGUAAUGAUUGUGGCAAGACCUUCAGUCAGACGUCAUCCCUUGUAUACCAUCGUAGACUUCAUACUGGACAGAAACCUUACAAAUGUGAAGAAUGUGAUGAAGCUUUCAGUUUCAAAUCAAACCUUGAAAGACAUAGGAUAAUUCAUACUGGAGAGAAACUUUACAAGUGUAAUGAAUGUGGCAAGACCUUUAGUCGGAAGUCAUCCCUUACACGCCAUCGUAGACUUCAUACUGGAGAAAAACCUUACAAGUGUAAUGAGUGUGGCAAAGCCUUUCGUGGGCAGUCAGCACUUAUUUACCAUCAAGCAAUCCAUGGUAUAGGGAAACUUUACAAAUGUAAUGAUUGUCACCAGGUCUUUAGUAAUGCUAGAACUAUUGCAAAUCAUUGGAGAAUCCAUAAUGAAGAGAGAUCUUACAAGUGUAAUAGAUGUGGCAAAUUUUUCAGACAUCGUUCAUACCUUGCAGUUCAUUGGCGAACUCAUAGUGGAGAGAAACCUUACAAAUGUGAAGAAUGUGACGAAGCUUUUAGUUUCAAAUCAAACCUUCAAAGACAUAGGAGAAUUCAUACUGGAGAGAAACCUUACAGGUGUAAUGAAUGUGGCAAGACCUUUAGUCGGAAGUCAUACCUUACAUGCCAUCGUAGACUUCAUACUGGAGAGAAACCUUACAAGUGUAAUGAGUGUGGCAAGACCUUCGGUCGAACUUCAGCCCUUGUAAUUCAUAAGGCAAUUCAUACUGGAGAGAAACCUUACAAGUGUAAUGAGUGUGGCAAGUCCUUCAGUCAGAAGUCAUCCCUUACCUGCCAUCGUAGACUUCAUACUGGAGAGAAACCUUACAAAUGUGAAGAAUGUGACAAAGUUUUCAGUCGCAAAUCAAGCCUUGAAAAACACAGGAGAAUUCAUACUGGAGAGAAACCAUACAAAUGUAAGGUUUGUGACAAAGCUUUUGGGCGUGAUUCACACCUGGCACAACAUACUAGAAUUCACACUGGAGAGAAACCUUACAAGUGUAAUGAAUGUGGCAAGACCUUCCGUCACAAUUCAGCCCUUGUAAUUCAUAAGGCAAUUCAUAGUGGAGAGAAACCUUACAAGUGUAAUGAAUGUGGUAAGACCUUCCGUCACAAUUCAGCCCUUGAAAUUCAUAAGGCAAUUCACACUGGAGAGAAACCUUACAAGUGUAGUGAAUGUGGCAAGGUUUUUAAUCGAAAAGCAAACCUUGCACGUCAUCAUAGACUUCAUACUGGAGAGAAACCUUACAAGUGUAAUAAAUGUGGUAAGGUUUUUAAUCAACAAGCACACCUUGCAUGUCAUCAUAGAAUUCAUACUGGAGAGAAACCUUACAAGUGUAAUGAGUGUGGUAAAACCUUCCGUCACAAUUCAGUCCUCGUAAUUCAUAAGACAAUUCAUACUGGAGAGAAACCUUACAAGUGUAAUGAAUGUGGCAAGGUUUUUAAUCGAAAAGCAAAGCUUGCACGUCAUCAUAGAAUUCAUACUGGAGAGAAGCAUUAGAAAUGUGAAGCAUGUGACAAAGUUUACAGUUGCAAAUCAAGUCUCAAAAGACAGGAGAAUUCAUACUGGAGAGAAAGCUUACAAAUGUAAGAGUUUGUGACAAGGAUUUUGGGCAUGAUUCACAGCUGACACAACAUACUAGAAUUCACACUGGAGAGAAACCGUACAAGUGUAAUGAGUGUGGCAAAGCUUUUGGUGGGUAGUCAACACUUACCAUCAGGAAAUCCAUGGUGUAGGGAAACUUUACUAAUGUAAUGAUUGUCACAAAGUCUUCAGUAACACUACAACCAUUGCAAAUCAUUGGAGAAUCCGUAAUGAAGAGAGAUUUUAAAAGUGUGAUAAAUGUGGCAAAUUUUUCAGACAUUGUUCAUACCUUGCAGUUCAUCGGCAAACUCAUACAGUAGAGAAACCUUACAAAUGUCAUGAUUGUGGCAAGGUCUUCAGUCAAGCUUCAUCUUAUGCAAAACAAGAAUUCAUACAGGAGAGAAACCUCACAAGUGUGAUGAUUGUGGCAAAGCCUUUCCUUCACGUUCACACCUCAUUAGACAUCAGAGAAUCCAUACGGGAGAGAGAUCUUUACAAAUGUCAUAAGUGUGGCAAGGUCUUCAGUUCAAGGUCACUCCUUGAGGAACAUCAGAAAAUUCAUUUUUGAGAUGAUUGUUCCAAAUGCAGUGAGUAUAGCAAACCAUCAUGCAUUAAUUGGCAUUAGAGUCAAUUCAGCAUUGACUGGAGUUUGGGUUGACUUAACAUUGAGUUCAAGCAUUAAUUGACAUUGAAGUGUUUAUGUUUAGAAGAUUGGGCCAGGCAGGGUGGCUCACGCCUGUAAUCCCAGCACUUUGGGAGGCCAAGGCAGAUAGAUCACUUGAGGUCAGCAGUUUGAGACCAGAUUGGCCAACAGAUGUGAGUCACUUUUCCCAGCCUGUUUUUUUGUUUCUUUAAGAAAAACUGAUAGGGAUUUUUGUCGGUAUGUGUUGAAAAUCACAUUUGUUUGAAUAAUCAUUUAACAAUAUUAAUACUUCCAAUCCAUCAAUAUGGGUUAUAUGUCUAUUUAGUUUUUUUGAUCAAUGUAGAUUUCAAGGUACAAGCUUCUCACCUUAAUUCAAUUUAUUUGUAAAUAUUUCUUGCUUUAAGUUUCAUAGCAAAUUGAAGUGUGUUCAUAAGUUUCUUUUAACAUUAUUUAUUGUUAAUGUAAGGAAAUUCAACUAAUUUUGGGUGAUGAUUUUUUGUAUUCUGCAAAUACACUGAAUGGGUUUAUUAGUAUCA